AAAGAAAAGACGACAUUUCCCGAAAGGAAGAGAGCUUUAUCCCAGGUCCCGCGGUUUUAACAUCCAAACGCGGCCUUUCCCCAACUUCCAAACAAACUUUCUCACGAUUUCCUCUCCUCUCUCAAAUCUUCAUCCCUGUUGCCAAAUUUCUUUUAAACCUCUCUCUCUCUCUCUCUCUCAUUUACGCUCAAUAGGAAUCUCUCUGCGUAUCCCACUUCUUAAUUUCCCUACCUUUUGCCCCCAGAUCGUCGCCGAAUUCCUUCCCUGCGUCGCCGGUUAUCAUGUCGGUGAAAACUGUGAAGGUGAGUAAUGUUUCCGUAAAGGCGACGGAUAAAGAUCUCAAGGAGUUCUUUUCUUUCUCUGGUGAUAUUGAACAUGUUGAGAUGCAAAGUGUUGAUGAGAAAUCUCAAGUGGGAUUCGUUACCUUCAAAGAUACUCAAGGCGCAGAUACUGCAGUCCUUCUCUCGGGUCAAUAUUACUUGAUGUGGUCUGAUGAGGGAUUAAAGACCAUUUCCCGACAUGUGGUAUGUGAGAGAUCAAGAGCAUGUUCCCUGAACAUGUGUUGACUCCAUCAGUGACGGGUUUGGGGGUUUUUUAAGCGCUGGUCUAAAAGUGCCUGUAACACUUUGUGUUUGGUUGAUUUAAUUGAAUCCCAGUAUGGGUACAGGAUCUGUUUACACACUCAAUUACUUCAUCUACAUUGUUGUUUCUUUGUUAGGGAGCAACUAUAGUUGAUCUUGCCGUCACCAUAGCACUAGAUCCAGAUUACAAGCUACCGCCAGCCGUCUUACUGGCAAUGCAGGAGAACAAUCCAGCUGCACCCUCUGAUCCAGACUCAGCUCUCCGAAAGGCAGAGGACGUGGUCAGCAGCAUGCUGGCCAAAGGCUUCAUAUUGGGCAAAGACGCAGUCAACAAGGCCAAAUCCUUCGACGAGAAGCACCAGCUGACAUCAACUGGCUUAGCCAAAGUCGCCUCCUUCGACAAGAAGAUAGGCCUCACUGACAAGAUCAGCGCCACCAGCACCGUGAUGGGUGACAAGGUACGAGAAGUUGACCAGAAGUACCAGGUCUCUGAGAAGACCAAGUCUGCACUCGCGGUUGCAGAGCAGAAGGUCAGCAGCGCUGGUACAGCAAUCAUGAAGAACCGCUACGUGUUCACCAGUGCUGCUUGGGUGACGGGGGCAUUCAGUAAAGUGGCCAAAGCAGCAGAAGACGUGGGUCAGAAGGCCAAGGAGAAGGUUGGGAUGGCUGAGGAAGAGCAGAAGAAGAAAGUGGUGGAGGAUUUUGGUUCAGUUCACUUGGCCGAUUCCCCGAAUGUACCAUCAAGCCAUGAUCAUGAUGAUCAGAAAGAGCAGAAGUCGUCCGCCCCUGCUGAUCCGAAAUUUCCUCCUAGUUCUGACAUCAAACUGACAUCGCCUUCUCCCAAAUCUCCUUCCAAGCCAGCACCUGCUCAAGGGUUGAUCCUUUGAACAAUCUCUCUUGAGUGUUCGCUAUCUCUGAUCUCUGAUUUGCUCAAAAUGGAUGGAGUUGGAUCAUAGAUUUCUGAAUGCAAUACAUCAACUACAAAGAACACACUACUAUUUAUAUAUAUUUUCUCAUUAUCAUAUCAUUAACCUCAUUUUUUACUUGUUCUUCCAUGUGUAUAUAUGCAAUGGACGAAAGAUGGAUUUUU